AUGUUGACUCUGAUUCCCACCAUAACGGUGCCCUCUGAAGGCAAGACUGUGUUUCUGUUCCUUUCAGUCCUGGAGUUUGCAGUGGGGAUUCUGGUCAAUGUCUUCAUUUCCUCGGUGAAUUUUCGGGACAUGGUGAGGAGACAGCCCCUGAGCACCUGUGAUCUUGUCCUGCUGAGUCUCAGCCUCACCCGACUUUUCCUGCAUGGGCUGCUGUUUCUGGAUGCCAUCCAGCUCACCCACUUCCAGCGGAUGAAAGACCCGCUGAGCGCCAGCUACCAAACCAUCCUCAUGCUCUGGAUGAUCACGAACCAAGCCAGCCUCUGGCUCAUCACCUGCCUCAGCCUCCUCUACUGCUCCAAGAUCGUCCACUUCUCUCAGGCCUUCCUGCUCUGCUUGGCCAGGUGGAUCUCCAGGAAGUUCUCCCGGAUGCUUCUGAGUACCGUCCUUCUCACCAGUGUCUGCACUGUCAUCUGUUCUUGGGACUUCUUCAAUAGGUCUCACUUCCCAGUCGCAACGGCGCUCGUCAUGAACAACAACACAGAGCUCAAUUUGCACUUUGCCAACCUCAACUUGUUUCAUUCCUUCCUUUUCUGCAGCCUGGGGUCCAUCCCCCCUUUCCUGUGCUUUCUGGUUUCUUCUGGAGUGUUGAUUGCCUCGCUGGGGCGCCACAUGAGGACAAUGAGGGCCAAGACCAGGGACUCUCGUGACCCCAGCCUGGAGGCCCACAUCAGAGCUCUCAAAUCCCUCAUCUCCUUUCUCUGCCUCUUUGUGGUGUCAUUUUGCGCUGCCCUCCUCUCGGUACCUUUACUGGUGCUGUGGCACAACAAGCUCGGGGUCAUGGUCUGUGUGGGGAUAAUGGCAGCUUGUCCCUCGGUCCAUGCAGCCCUCCUGAUCUCAGGCAAUGCCAAGCUGAGGAGAGCUGUGGACAGCAUCCUACUGUGGGUGCAGAGCCGCCUAAAGGGAAAGGCAGACCACAAGGCAGAUCCCAGGACAGCAGAUCAAUGUUGA